AUGAAUGGGACCACAAAGCUGACCUGUCCACGAAGUGCUAUGCAGUUGCCACAAACGAAGAUUGCUGAAUUGAAGGCGUCAAUGGCCAAGAUGGCGUACAGUCGUCAGCUGUUGUGGCAGAAGCAUCAAAUAUUACUCGAAGAGAAGUUACAACGCAAGAGACGUCGUGGUAUGUUAGUCUCGCGUAAGGCAUCUGCAUCCGUUCCAACGCUCUCAUCGAUCAAUUUUAAUAAUAACGACAAUAAUUCCAACAAUAAACAGGUUAGUCACUCCAUUAUUGAUAGUUUGGUAAUUAAUAUUGUUUAG